ACUACGCAACGUUUACUAACGAAUAUGAAGUGAAUGCGAUUUUAUAACCUCUAUAAUUUGAUAAAAAUUUGUAAUAAAAAUUUAAAAAGUUCUAUUACUUGAAUUAAAUCAUUUAAAAAAAUGGCAGCCGGGCCUAUUGCUGAAAGAAAUCAAGAUGCAACAAUAUAUGUCGGCGGUCUCGAUGACAAAGUCACAGAAUCUCUUAUGUGGGAACUAUUUGUUCAGUCUGGACCCGUUGUAAAUGUUCAUAUGCCAAAAGAUCGUGUUACUCAAAUGCAUCAAGGUUACGGUUUUGUAGAGUUUAUGGGAGAAGAAGAUGCAGAUUAUGCAAUUAAAAUAAUGAAUAUGAUAAAAUUGUAUGGGAAACCUAUACGAGUAAAUAAAGCAAGUGCUCAUCAAAAAAAUCUUGACGUGGGAGCAAAUAUAUUUAUUGGUAAUCUUGACGCAGAAGUCGAUGAAAAAUUACUCUACGAUACUUUCAGUGCUUUUGGAGUUAUACUUCAAACACCCAAGAUAAUGCGAGAUCCUGAGACUGGAAAUUCAAAAGGAUUUGCUUUUAUAAAUUUUGCGUCAUUCGAUGCAUCAGAUGCUAGUAUAGAAGCAAUGAACGGUCAAUAUCUUUGUAACCGACCGAUAUCAGUAUCAUAUGCAUUCAAACGUGAUGCUAAAGGCGAACGUCAUGGUAGUGCCGCCGAACGUUUACUUGCAGCUCAAAAUCCAUUAAGCCAAGCCGAUCGUCCUCAUCAGCUCUUUGCUGAUGCUCCGCCGAUUGCACCAAUGCCUAUGUCAAACCCUGGACAUCAUCAUCCAGGUCAUCAUGUGAUGCAUCAUGGAAUGGUAGUUCCACCACCACCUCCACCAGUGACCGCAUUAUCAGCAAUGGGCCAUCAUCCUCCGGCACCGCCACCCGUUCCUGCUCCACCAACUGGUGGAUUCCCGCCGUCAAACAUCCCAGCACCUCCACUGCCACCAAUGGGCAUGUCUGCCCAUCCGCCACUACCACCAGGAAUGCCACCUCCACUGCCACCCAUGCCUGUGCCCACCUCUCAAGCUCAAGGGCAUCGAAUGAUUGCUCCUCCACCGCCACCACCGCCUCCAUCCCACUGGCCACCCCAUCAAGGACAAUUUCCUCAGGGGCCUACUAUGUCCUCCAAUGUUGUAAAUCAAUUCGGACAAUUUCAACCGCCACCGCCUAGACCUCCACCUCCAACUUGGAGACAUCCUCCACCUCCUCCUGUAUCACAAAAUGCUCCGCUACCUACAGUACAACCCCCACAAUUCCGACCACCUUUUCCGCCACGUGGCCCACCGCCACCUCCUCCUCCUCAUGAUGGUCAACAAUAUUAAGAUUUUAUUUUUAUUAUUAUAAUUAAUAAUAUCUUAAUAGUUGACUGCAUCAACCUUCACAAUAUAAUACUGUAUUUUAUAAGUUUUUGUUUUUAAUAAACAUUUUAUUUAAGAAAUAUU